AUGUCAGACGGCUUAGGUUCAUCCUUGCCUCCACCUCCUGGCCACAACCAAUCGAAGGCCAGCAGUGCACGACAUGUCGCCUUCUCUGAAACCUCUGCACCAUCAGCUCCCAGCAAGGCCCAUGAUCAAGCCAUCCAUUUUGUUCCUGACCUUGAUGAUGAGCACCCUAAACGCUUUCGUCCAGGCUGCUACGCCUGCUGCGCAUGGGGUUGCUUGUUCUUCUUUGCCUUCAUACUGCUUGCUCUCAUUGUUGGUUUCAUAUUCGUGGCUAUCUUCCAAUCCUAUCUGCCUCAAAUCCACAUCCGAAGGUUCAACGCCACAACCAUCAACUUUGCUAAAGCCAACAAAGAUUUGGGCGUGAAGGGAAAAGUUGAUUUUCUUGUGGAGUUUUUUAACAAGAAUGAGAAAACUGAGCUCAGAUAUGGCGCCUUCAAGAUCACUGCUUCAUCUGCGCACGUCCAGCUAGGUAAGACUGAGUUUCCAGAGUUUAGACAGGGCCAAAAAAACACAAAAUCUCUGAACGGAACCAUCACGGUUAAACUUUCUGGGGUUGAUAAAGACGACGCUGAUCAGCUCAAAACCGACAUAAAAAAUAGGGAAGUAACUCUGAAUUUGGCAAUAACCGGCAGUGUUAGCUUCCCUAUUGGAGGAGUUUGGUUUAAGAGCGUUCCCAUCAUAUCAAACUGCGAUGCCAAGCAAAGGGAAGUUGAUUUUGGAAACAAGGCCAAAUGUGACUAUAGGAUUAUUGCCAUAAAGUAA